UAAAUACUAGUCUUUACUAAACUUUACUACUACAAAUGUCAAAUGCAACCCUGGUCUAUAGAGUCGUGCGUGCGACUGGCUUUUCUUGAGAUGUACUGACGUAGCUACAAGCAAGUUUUGAAGCGGUGGUUAGUUUUUAAUGCUGAAAAUUUUUUCGUAAAGUAUUAAAUUACUUAAAUUAAAUUAAGUAAAAACUGUCAUGGAAAAUGAAAGUGAUGAAAGUGACGAAGAACUACUCACAGGCCUCUCUUUUCGUACGUCAGAAAAUAAAUCAAAUUUGCUGGAAGAGGCGUUAAGACUGAAUGCAAUGUUAAUAGAAGAAUUAGAAAAUUUUAGAAAUCGGUUUGCGUCGCUAUUGGCGCAGGUUCGACAGCGUCUAAAAAUCAAUGCAAAAUUGAUAAAAACCAUUAAUAAAAAGUCAAACAAUGGAGAUGCCACAUUGAAUCUGGGAGGCAACAUAUUUUUUAAAGAUUUAUCUGGGCAAGGCGGGCGUUCUGACAAUCAGUCCUUUAAACAAUGCAAAUUACCAAAUCGUUUAAAAAAAUGGAAUCUGAAACAAGAUGAAAUGCUUAUAAAGUUAGUAAAAAAAAAUACCACCAAUAAUGUUACUGAUUGGACAAAAGUAACAUCUUAUUUUAGGUUCAAACCUAAAGGUGAUGUUAUAGCGCGUUACACUACUAUAUUAAAGCCAAAUAUCAAUCAUAGGCCAUUUUCACCAGAAGAAGAUCUCCAAAUUAUUGCUCUUGUUAAAAAGUAUGGAGAAAGAUUUAAGACUAUGCCACGUGAAAUGUUUCCUCUCAAUCGCACUAUUCUACAAGUACGUAAUCGCUACUUAAAUACCCUGAAGCAUCGGCAUACAAAUACAACGUGGACGUACGAAGAUGACGUUAAAUUAGAAAAGUUUAUAAAAGAACAUGGUACAUCGAGUUGGUUGCAAUGUGCAGAAUUGCUCGGUAACCAUACACGUACUAGUUGUCGUACACGUUAUUUAACAAUGGAAAAAUUUUAUGCAAAAAAUCCAAAUUCCACUGUUAAAGACUUGCCACGGCAUAAAGUUUUGAAAAGUGAUAACUUGAUUAGAACUGAUAUUUAUCAAACUCAAGUUAAAUUAGUAGAAACUGGAGAAGCCGAUAAAUUAAAAUAUCAGUCACAGUCACAGUCACUUAGAACUAAGAAGAAAUUAGAAGGAUCGAUAAGAUAUUCCAAGGAAGAGAAAGAGAAACAUUUAUUGGAAACAUUGCAGUCAUUGGAAUUAGAAAUGCAAGAGCGUUUUAAAUUUGGUCAUGACUACAGUGUGUUCAAUGCUUGUUGUACAAUGUGGCCUAUAAGUAUUUUAGCUAAAAAUAUUGUAGCCAGUACUUUAAAAGUACCUACUCCAACACUAAUAGACCAUUUGCUGCUAACUAAAAUUCCAUUACGGUUACGAGAAACAGUAGCAGAGGAGAUGCAAAUAUCCAAUAAAAGUUUAGAUUGCCUGCCACCUAAUUACUCAUCAACAAUUGGAUAUAGAGCACUCUGUUUGUUAGGAGACGUUUCUACUGCUAAUACGAAUGAGAAAAAUCAAAAUCAAAAAAUAGAUCAAAGUGGGGCUGUAAAACUCUUUAAAGAGCGACUAAUGUCAACGUUUUUUAGCGUUGCUGUAACAUGUGCUUUGAAUCCAACAAAACUAAACGUAAAACCACUUUGUUUAAAGAAUGAAGAUGAUCCAUAUCAAACUUAUAAAGAAAGAGUCGUUUAUUGCAAUAGAUAUUACAUAAUACCAACAGAUGUGGAAGAAGCACAUAAACAAAAUAAUGAGAUCACCAGUAACUCACGUGUAACUUCAAAUAAAGAAUAUUGUUCCAGCUUAGCUGUUGAUUGUGAAGCUGAAUCAACAUCAACUGAAGAACCACUUUUGAAAAGCAGAAUAUCUAUGAAAAACGACAUAUCUUCAGACGAUAUAACAAAUCCAUCUCAAACUGCUAAUGCAAGUCUUAUAUAUAUUCCGAUAUCACCGAACACCGGCGGAGUAUCUGAAAGAUUAGAAAUGCCAUCAUGUAGUUUAGAGCAGCAGCAGCAACCUGGUACUAGUGCGAAUAAAAGCUUAAAACGAAAAAGGGAUUUCGUAAUACCAAAAGAUGUGGAUGAAGCACAUAAACAAAAUAAUGAGAUCACCAGUAACUCACGGGUAACUUCAAAUAAAGAAUAUUGUUCCAGCUUAGCUGUUGAUUGUGAAGCUGAAUCAACAUCAACUGAAGAACCACUUUUGAAAAGCAGAAUAUCUAUGAAAAACGACAUAUCUUCAGACGAUAUAACAAAUCCAUCUCAAACUGCUAAUGCAAGUCUUAUAUAUAUUCCGAUAUCACCGAAUACCGGCGGAGUAUCUGAAAGAUUAGAAAUGCCGUCAUGUAGUUUAGAGCAGCAGCAGCAACCUGGUACUAAUGCGAAUAAAAGCUUAAAACGGAAAAGGGAUUUCGUAAUACCAAAAGAUGUGGAUGAAGCACAUAAAAUGUAUACUGAGGUUUCUGACCAAAGUGCAGGUUCAGUUUUUACAGUACCGUCAUCAGCCGCUGAAACUCCGGCAAUAAUGUAUACUGAGGUUUCUGACCAAAGUGCAGGUUCAGUUUUUGCAGUACCGUCAUCAGCCGCUGAAACUUCGGCAAUAAUGUAUACUGAGGUUUCUGACCAAAGUGCAGGUUCAGUUUUUACAGUACCGUCAUCAGCCGCUGAAACUCCGGCAAUAAUGUAUACUGAGGUUUCUGACCAAAGUGCAGGUUCAGUUUUUACAGUACCGUCAUCAGCCGCUGAAACUCCGGCAAUAAUGUAUACUGAGGUUUCUAACCAAAGUACAGGUUCAGUUUUUGCAGUACCGUCAUCAGCCGCUGAAACUCCGGCAAUAAUGUAUACUGAGGUUUCUAACCAAAGUGCAGGUUCAGUUUUUACAGUACCGUCAUCAGCCGCUGAAACUCCGGCAAUAAUGUAUACUGAGGUUUCUGACCAAAGUGCAGGUUCAGUUUUUACAGUACCGUCAUCAGCCGCUGAAACUUCGGCAAUAAUGUAUACUGAGGUUUCUAACCAAAGUACAGGUUCAGUUUUUGCAGUACCGUCAUCAGCCGCUGAAACUCCGGCAAUAAUGUAUACUGAGGUUUCUGACCAAAGUACAGGUUCAGGUGUUGCAUGUUCUUCAUCAGCCAUUAGAAAGUCGCCAACGUGUGGGACUUUACUUGAUUUAUCAUCUGAAUCUGAAGGUGAAAGUGAAAGUGAGUGCGAGUGUGAAUCGCCUUUUGUUUCAUCGGUUAUAGUAAAAUCUCUAUCAAAUUCUCUUGAAGACGAUUCAGACGCGAAUUCAACUACUACCGUAGAUGUUGAAGAUGCUGAUGAUGAGUCAAUUGAUACCAUAAAUUCACAAUUGGUUCGUCAUGGUCUUCUUGAUGGUUGUCUCUUCGAUUCUUUAAAGCUGUUUCGAGAUGCUGGAAUGCGUGUGAUGAAUUUCACUGAAUUUUUAGCUUAUGCACCACUGCCAACCCAUGUGCCACCUACAUCACCUGAUUACAUGAAAACAAUAAAAAGCAAUCAUUUACAUCAAUAUCAAAUCAGAAAAAUGAUUACUGCAGAUAUAGCUCCUGAUGUUCGAGUCAUCACCGUAGAGUGCGCCACUGGCAUUAUAAAUACCGCUGCUUAUUCAGAUGAUGCAACGAUGAUGGCAGUUGGAGUUGGAAAAACUAUUUAUGUUUUGUCUGAAAUGGGAAUUGCAAGAAAAAAAGUACGAAGAACCAUAAGAGUGGAAUCCUGUAAAAGGUCGACUCUAGAAGGCCACGAGGGCACUGUACGUAACUUACAUUUUGCACGUUUUAAUAAUUUUUUAGUUUCAUCUGGUGAUGAUAUAACGAUCCGAAUUUGGGCAUUGCCACAAAAAUUGUGCAUGCGUAUUUUAACUGGGCACACAAACCUAAUUCGCAAAAUAUUUUUCUCUUCACAUUACACAUAUGUUGCCUCAUGCAGUUCAGACGACACUGUCCGUAUAUGGUCUGGCAGAAAGAAAGAAUUGCACAUCCUUCAAUAUGAUGAAAACCAGCUGUAUGAUAUGGACUUGCAUCCCAAUAAUAACUAUGUAGCUUGUGCUGCUUCCAAUGGGUUCGUUGUAGUAUGGAGCAUUAUAACCGGCAAAAAAGUCAGACUUCUAAAGGGUCACACCGAAGCUGCACUUCGUGUAAAAUUUUCAGCUUGUGGACGAUACAUCGUCUCUAGUGGACGAGAUGCAUUGACGCUAAUAUGGGAUAUACAAAAGACAGUAUUAGUAGCAGUUUUGAAAUUACACACCAAUUAUAUAAUAUCUAUUCAUAUAACUGAAGACAGCGAACAACUUAUCUUAGUUAGUUGCGAUAAGGUAUUAUCGUUUUGGAAUUUAAAAACCCUUAUUCGUGAUUAUGUAGAUGAGAAGUAUUCAAUAUUUGCUGAAAACCUCACUUUGGAGGAAAAAGUCAAAUGCUGGGAAAGAUGGCAAAAUAAAUACUUAACACACCGUACGGAUAUGAAAGCAACAAGACUGCUUUGUACAACAGUAUCAAUUGGAAAUAUGUUCUUCGCAGCAUGUGCUCCUUAGGCCUUAUCACCGGAACAACUAUAAAGCACACCAGAAGUAAUAGUGUCUUAUAAGUAAUUUUUAGUAUAUAAGACUUUGAACCAGAAUACGUGCCUUUAAAUAUUAAAAGACUGCAUAUCAUUAACUGCCUUGCAUUAUAAUUGAUA